GUCACUAUGCUUCCACAAAGGUACUCAUCAUUAUGGACUUCUUGCUUUCUGAUCUUGUGCAUCCUGGAUAUAUGGACCACAGCUCAACAGCAAUCCCAACCCCAGCUGCAGUCUCGUCGCUCCAGGCAAAUGUCACCCCUCACCUCCUCCUCGUCGGCGGGCAACCUGUCAGAGAGCGCCGAGAGCAAAGUGGAGCGCCUCGGCCAGGCAUUCAAGCGAAAUGUCCGUGAACUACGUGAGAAAAGCUCCUGCUUGGACCUAGUCUUCCUGGUGGACGAGUCGUCCAGUGUGGGGGCCAAUAACUUCCUCAGUGAGCUGAGGUUUAUACGCAAGAUGCUGUCUGACUUUCCUGUCGCACCAGAGGACACUCGAGUGGCGUUGGUUACCUUCUCAUCCAAGACCCAUGUAGUGACGCGGGUGGACCACAUCUCUGCGCCCAAGUCCCACCAGCACAAGUGUUCCCUGUUCAACCAGGAGAUUCCAGCCAUCAACUACAGAGGAGGGGGCACCUACACGAAAGGAGCCUUCCAGAGGGCAGCGCAAAUCCUGCGCCAUUCCCGCGGCAACGCCACAAAGGUCAUUUUCCUGAUCACUGACGGCUACUCUAACGGUGGGGACCCUCGACCGGUGGCGGCAGUUUUGAGGGAACGAGGCGUUGAGAUCUUCACCUUGGGUAUCUGGCAGGGUAACAUUAGGGAGCUCCACGACAUGGCAUCUCAACCCAAGGACCAACACUGCUACCUGGUGCACAACUUUGCUGAAUUUGAGGCACUGGCUCGCCACGCACUGCACGAAGACCUCCCCACAGGCAGCUACAUCCAGGAGGAUCUGAUGCUCUGCUCCUCCCUGUGCGAAGCAGGCAGGGAUUGCUGCGACAUGAUGGCCAGCUGUAAAUGUGGCACACACACCGGACAGUACGACUGCAUCUGCGAGAAGGGAUACUACGGAAAGGGACUGCAAAACGAGUGCACAGUGUGUCCACCCGGCACCUAUAAACCAGAGGGAACACCAGGAGGUCUGAGCACCUGCCUCUUAUGCCCAGACCGGCAUCACACCUCUCAGCCUGGCAGCACCUCCCUCAGUGACUGUGUCUGCAAACCAGGGUACCAGCAAGUAGGCAUGACCUGCCAGGUGGUACACUGUCCAGUGCUGUCUCCUCCAGAAAAUGGCUUCUUCAUCCAAAAUGUUUGUAAUAACCAGUACGAUGCAGCCUGUGGCGUGAGAUGCCAGCAGGGGUUUGAUCUUCAGGGAACAAGCAUCAGACUGUGCCAGGCUGACGGUGCCUGGUCAGGGACACCUGCCAGCUGUAAAGUACGCUCCUGCCCUCCCCUCACUCGGCCCCCGCACGGCUUCCUGAAGUGCAAUGGUGGCGGUGCCUCCUACAGGGCGGAGUGUCAGGUGGGCUGUGAGCGAGGCUACAGGUUGGAGGGAGACUCCAGACUCACCUGCCAGGCCAACUCCCAGUGGAGUGGACCCCAACCUCGGUGUGUGGAGGUGCGCUGUCCCACCUUCGUGACCAUGAAGAACAUCUUGCUGUCGCCCCCUGCAUGUGGGAAGAGGGCAGUGUCGCCGGGCUCCAUUUGCCUGCUCACCUGUCGACAAGGUUACAGUCUCCAGGGAAAUAGAAAGGCGGUGUGUCUAGGCUCUGGGAACUGGACCGCUAAUGUCCAUAAAGCAGUCUGUAGAGAUACUGAACCACCGCCGAUCCAGUGCCCAGUGGACAUUGUUGCAGAGACAGAUGAGCGUCGGGGCACCGCCAACGUCAGCUGGAACGUCCCUGCUGCCACUGACAACUCUAAUGAGGAGGUGGUGGUGCAGGUGAAACCGGUGUACAGUCCUCCCCAGCUGUUCCCCAUCGGAAAGGAAACCAUCACCUACAUUGCGAGGGACCGCUCCGGGAACCAGGCCAACUGCUCCUUCACAGUCACUGUCGUUGAUGCGGAGCCCCCGGUGAUUGACAGGUGCAGGUCACCGCCCACGGUCCAGGCCACAGACACGGAGACGGAGACGGCAGUUGUCUGGGAGGUGCCACAGUUUUCCGACAACUCAGGUGGUCGCCUCACAGUGAACGGCAGCCACGCUCCAGGCUCUCUGUUCCCAGUCGGAGAGACUCUGGUCCAGUACACUGCAACUGAUGCUGCAGGAAACAGCCGCACCUGCAACCUCACCAUCACUGUACAAGGGACGACCUGCGACCAGCCGUACGUCCCAGUAAACGGAGAGUUUGUCUGCGUUGAAGAAGAGGAGGGGGUUAACUGUACUCUUCGCUGUAAGGAGGGCUACAGCUUCAAUAAGGAGGCAGUGAACAGCUACUUCUGCGCUUACAACGGCGUGUGGAAGCCGCCCUACUCUGCAGACAGACCCGACUGCUCAGUGAACCGCAUCGCGAACAAUGGGUUCAAGCCCUUUGAGAUGUUGUUUAAAGCCUCACGUUGUGACGAUGUGGACCUGGUCAAGUCAUUUACUGGGGAGUUCAACACCAAACUGGGAGGAAUGCUCCCUAACAUUUGUAGCAGUGAUGACGUCACCUGUAAGCUGGAAGUGUUGUCACAAGGUCACUGUCUCGAGUACAACUACGACUAUGAGAAUGGAUUUUCUAUUGUACCAGGAGGUUGGGGUAACAGCUGGGGUCCUCAGGGCUCCCAGGACUACUCCUACUUUGAAUCAGGCUUUGUGCCGGGCACCCGACAGCUCACCAGCCGGCAGCAACGCAGCAGCAUGCAACGCCAACAACGCACCCAACGCACCAAGAGGCACCGAAGGGUCAGAGGCCCCACCAGAGACCAAAAGAUACAGAUCUUUUUCAACAUCACAGCAAGCAUCCCUCUGCCCCUGUCGAGGAACGACUCAAUAGAAGUGGCCAAUCAGAGGAGGCUCCUGCGAACCCUUGAGCAGCUGACCAAUCGUCUGAAGCGAACGCUGGCCAAGCAGCCGCUGUCCAGUUUCCACGUGUCCUCGGAGAUGAUUUUAGCCGAUCCUAAAUCACUGGAAGGCAAGAGGGCCUCUCUGUACUGCAGGCCGGGCUCUGUGCUCAAAGGCAGAAUGUGUGUCCAAUGUCCGGUGGGAACGUACUUCUCUCUGGAAUAUAAUGAGUGUGAGAGCUGCUGGCUGGGCUCCUACCAGGACCAGGAGGGUCAGCUGGAGUGUAAAUCCUGCCCCGAGGAAACCUCCACGGCCUACCUGCACUCCCGCAGCGUGGCUGAGUGCAAAGGGCAGUGUAAGCCUGGUAGUCACUCUCUGAAUGGGUUGGAGAUAUGCGAGUCAUGCCCACUGGGUCACUUCCAGUCUGGUUUCGGCGCCAGGGACUGUCUGGUCUGCCCCGACGAGACUUCUACCGUCACCAGAGGAGCUGUGGAUGAGACGGAGUGUGGAGUCCCUUGCUCGGCGGGCCAUUUCUCUCGCACCGGUCUGGUUCCUUGUUACCCUUGCCCUAGAGAUUACUACCAGCCUGAACACGGCCGCUCCUACUGCCUCUCUUGCCCCUUCUAUGGAACCACCACGGUUACCGGGGCAACCACCAUCCAGCACUGCUCCAGUUUUGGCUCCAGUUUUCUUCCUAAAGAGGAGAGUGUAACGGCAGCUCCAGAGGUUGAGGUCAGUGAGGACUACCAAGCCAGCAGUCAGGUUUUCCAUGAGUGCUUCCUGAAUCCCUGCCAAAAUAAAGGAACGUGUGAGGAGGUCGGGGCGGGAUACGUCUGCACCUGCAUGCCUGGUUUCACAGGUGCCAAGUGUGAAAUCGACAUAGACGAAUGUGACUCUACUCCGUGCCAGAAUGGAGGCCUGUGUAAGGACGGCAUGGGAGACUUUGAGUGUCAAUGCAAGCCUGGAUUUUUAGGCUCUCUGUGCGAGGCGGAGGUGAACGAGUGUAUCUCCUCCCCCUGUCUGAAUGAAGGCGUAUGUGUGGACGAGGUCAAUAAGUUCACCUGCAGUUGCGCUGGCGGCUUCACAGGAUCCAGAUGUGAACUGGAGAUCAAUGAAUGUCUAUCUGACCCGUGUCUGAACGGAGGUGUGUGUGAGGACCAGAUGGGCGGUUACACUUGUAAUUGUGUUGUUGGCUUCUCAGGGGAUCGCUGUGAGGUCAACGUCGAUGAAUGUUACAGCGCCCCCUGUCUGAACGGAGGCUCGUGCCUGGACGCUAUUAACAACUUCAGGUGCCAGUGUGUCGAGGGCUACCGGGGCCGGCUCUGUGAGGUGGAUGUGGAUGAGUGCGACCCCAACCCCUGUGUGAACGGGGCCAGCUGUAUGGACGGUCUGGGGUCCUACACCUGCCGCUGCCUCCCUGGGUUCAACGGAACCAGGUGUGAGACAGAGAUGUCAUCUUCCUUCAACCUGGACUUUGAGGUGUCCGGUAUCCAUGGUUACGUAAUGAUGGAUGGAGUGAUGCCAUCACUGACAGAGAUCACCUGCACCUUCUGGAUGAGGUCAUGGGACACCACCAAUUAUGGCACACCUGUCUCAUACGCUGUGGAGGGCAGCGACAACGCUUUCCUUCUCAUAGACUAUAACGGGUGGGUGCUGUACGUGAACGGUAAGGAGCGCAUCACUGACUGCCCUGCUGUGAACACGGGUCACUGGUACCACAUCGGUGUGUCCUGGAGGAGCUGGGAUGGAGACUGGAGAAUCUACAUCAAUGGGAAGCCCUCAGACGGAGGCAAAGGCCUGUCAGUCGGCACCACUAUCCCAGGUGGAGGGGCACUGGUAUUAGGACAGGACCAAGACCAGAGGGGCGAGGGCUUCAACCCUGUCGAAUCCUUUGUUGGCUCCAUCAGCCAGCUCAACAUUUGGGAUCGUGUUCUCACGCAGGAGCAGAUCAAGGUCCUGGCGAGCAACUGUCCAGCCUCUCAUGUCACCCACAGAGGAAACGUCCUGGCCUGGCCAGACUUCCUCAGUGGGGUGGUGGGCCGAGUUAAAGUAAACCGCAGCAGCAUUUUCUGUGCUGACUGCCCCAAGCUGGAGAAUGCCGUGUCCCACCUGCAUGUCUCCUCGGUGGAGGUGAGCCCCGGAGCUCAGGUCCAGCUGUCCUGUGAUCCCGGGUUCUACCUGCUGGGGGAGCCGGUGCUGCAGUGUCAAAAUAAAGGAGAAUGGAGCCACCCUCUGCCCAGCUGUGAACGGGUGUCCUGCGGGCCUCCUCGUCCUCUGGAGAACGGCGUGUUUCAGGGGACAGACUUCCACGCUGGCGGCACUGUGGACUAUCAGUGUAAUGCCGGCUUUUACCUGCUGGGAGACGCCAAACUGCACUGCACCAACAGCGGCAAGUGGGGAGGAAAUCCACCAGCCUGUCUCGAUGUGGAUGAGUGUGCUCUGGGAUCAGACUGUGAUGAUCACGCCAGCUGUUACAACACAGAUGGCUCCUACACCUGCACCUGUGUCCAUCCAUACAGUGGAGACGGCAAGAACUGCACAGAACCAGUGAAGUGUCAGAACCCCGGGGCUCCUGAGUUCGGCCACAGAGAAGGCAGCAACUUCCUGAUGGGCGGCGAGGUUGUCUUUGGUUGCGAGAGCGGCUACGAGCUGAUCGGCUCGGCUCGUCUCCGCUGUCUGGAGACGGGAAGCUGGGAUGAUGUUGUCCCUUACUGCAGAGCCCUCUCCUGCCUGACGCCAACUGUUCCAGAGAACUCCGACAUGAAGGGAAGCAACUUCACCUAUGGAAGCAAGGUGACUUUCAGCUGUAUGAAGGGCUUCCUGCCUCAAAUCCCCUACGAGUUCCAGUGUCUCUCUAGUCUGAGGUGGAGCGGGACGCCGCCUGUCUGCCACCCAGUGACCUGCGGGGGGCCUCCAACUGUCGGGAAUGCCAAAUACAUCCUCCACACAGAGACGUACCUAUCCACUGUCAUGUAUACCUGCAAUGAGGGAUACAGACCACAGGGCUCCAUGGAAGUGGUGUGUGAAGCGACAGGGGAGUGGAGCAGGCCUCUCCCCCGAUGUGUGAGUGUCCUGUGCAGUGACCCCCCGGCCCUGAGAGACGCUGUGACUGUAGGAGAUAACUAUGAACUGGGAAACAAGGUGCACUAUGUCUGCAAAGAAGGCUACACCAUGAUUGGCCCAGAGACCAGAGAAUGUUUGCCAAGCGGCCAAUGGAGUGACAGCUCUGCCCAGUGCGUCCCCCGCUCCUGUGGCCCCCCACCUGAAAUCGACCAUGCAGAGCCUUAUGAGAGCCACCAGCUGUUCGGAGACACUGCCAACUACUACUGUACUGAUGGAUACACCGCUGGCAACAACUCCAAGAUGGUGUGUAAUGCCCAAGGUGUGUGGGCGCCCCCUGAUGGAAUGGAUGCCCCUCGCUGCAUCGCAAACUUCUGCCUACGUCCGCCUGAACUACCCCACGCAAUUUUAGAGUCAGGCAGCAAACCUAAAUACGCCAGCAACACUGAAGUGAGCUACAAAUGUGAAGAGGGCUUCAUGCUCAACACCACAGCCACACUGAGAUGCCUGAUGGGAGGACAGUGGGAGCCUUCACCAUAUGAUAUUGGAUGUGUACCAGUGAGGUGCUCCAAGCCAGGGAGCAUUGAGCGGGGUUAUGUGAGCGGGACAAACUACAGUUUUGGGUCUGUGGUGGCGUACAGCUGUGAUAAAGGCUUCCUGAUCCGAGGGGAGAAGAGAAGGACCUGCAAGGCCAACGGGGAAUGGGGCGGAGUUCUUCCUACCUGUAUACCUGUGUCCUGCCCACCUCCUCCUCCACUCAGGAAUGGAAACUACCCGGUCAGAGGUCGAUACACCUUCAACAGCAAGGUGACAUAUACCUGUAAUGCAGGUUACAAACUGGUUGGUCGUUCAGAGCGAAUGUGCCAAGCAAACCGCCAAUGGUCCAAUAUUGAGCCUCCUGCCUGUGUCCUUCUGACCUGUGACCCUCCUCCUAACGUCGUCCACGGACACUACAGGGGCUCUGACUUCCAGGUGGGCCGGAAAGUACAGUAUGUCUGUGAUGAGGGUUAUGAGCUGGCUGGGGAUGCCAUCUGGACCUGUCUAAAAUACGGAAGAUGGGAUAAGACGAGACAACCGCGCUGCUCACCGGUGCAGUGUCCAGAGCCGCCACUGGAGGAGAACCACCUGGUUCUGAAAGGUCUCGACUCUGAAUCUGGAACAGUGGAAUUAUCCUGCGAGGAUGGUUAUGUACUGGAAGGGGCCCGUAUCCUCCGCUGCACCCUGUCCCAGGAGUGGAACGACACCUUUCCAGUGUGCAAGCAGGUGCUUUGUGGCCCUCUGCCAGAGGUAUCAUUUGGUGGGCCUUCCUCAUCUUCAACCCCAUUUCCUUUCAGCUCCGUGGUGAACUACACAUGCAUGGAUGGCUUCACUUUAAGAAAAGAAGGCGCUGUGUCGUGUUUAUCAAGCGGGCAGUGGAGCAGUCCUUACCCAGAGUGUAUUCCUGUUGAAUGCCCUCAGCCUGUGGAGAUUUCUAAUGGUAUUGCUGAUGUUCAGGGUCUGAUGUACCUCAGUAAGGCACUGUACAGCUGUAAGACUGGAUAUAAUUUAGUGGGAAACUCUACUAUUCUCUGUGGAGACAAGGGACUCUGGAUUGGAGCAGUGCCUUCUUGUCGCCCAAUUGAAUGCUCUAUCCCUAAACAGAUAACCAAUGGAAAAGUAAUUUAUACAAAACUCCAAUUUGGUCACAGUGUCACCUACUCCUGUCGUCGCGGUUACCGUCUUCAAGGCCCAGAGACUCUGAAGUGCCUGGCCAAUGGAGGUUGGGAUGUCGAGCCACCUUCUUGUUUGCUGAUAUCCUGCACUCCCCCUCAACCCAUUGAAAAUGGUUUCGUAGAGGGUCAGGACCACAGUUUUGGUGUCACUAUUUUCUACAGUUGUUUCCCUGGCUUCCAGCUAGUAGGACAGGACCACCUGACGUGUGAAGAGUUCGGCUGGUCAAGUUCUGUUCCUGUCUGCGUGCCCUCAGACUGCGGCCUGCCUCCUCACAUUGACUUUGGGGAAUAUGUUAGGGUGACAGAGCAUGGAAGAGCCUCACCUAUGGACUUGAGCUUCCUUCAUGGGACACUGAUUGAGUACUAUUGCCACAAAGGUUACGACCUCACAAGCCAGACGAGGUUGGUAUGUCAGGAGGACGGGGGCUGGAACGGGACGGCCCCAUCUUGCGUCCCGGCAGAGUGCCAGACACCACCUAGCCCAGAGCACGGCUGGGUUAACGUGACUGAUUCCUCCCUUGGCAGCAUGGUCAAAUAUACCUGUGAGAAAGGAUAUGAGCUGGAGGGGGAGCCUGUGAGGCACUGUGUAUCAGGUAGACUAUGGACUAAUGACGCCCCAAUCUGUCGCCCUGUUUCUUGUGGUGACCCAGGGUCUAUCGGUAAUGGCACAACUCAUGGCAGUGCUUUUGUGUAUCCUGAGGUCAUGCACUAUGAAUGUAGUCCUGGGUUUGUCCUAAAGGGUAGUGACACUAUCAUCUGCCAGGCAGAUGGGAAGUGGAAUGGACAGAAGCCCCGGUGUGAGCCAGUUUCAUGUGGUCCUCCUAAAGUCCCCAGUGAUAUUACUUUUAAAGGGGAGGACUACACCUAUAAUAGUGAGAUUGAACUGAGCUGUCAGCCUGGUUUCGUCUUAAAGGGGAAAUCUAUCAGUGUUUGCCAGACUGACGGCACCUGGAGCAAUGACUCUCCAACAUGUGUACCUGCCCGCUGUGGGAAACCCUCACCAAUACCCAAUGGACACGUGCUGGGGUCAGAGUUCGGCCUCAACAGCAAGGUCAAGUACGAAUGUGAUGACGGAUACACUCUCAAUGGAGACUCCACUCUUGUUUGUCAAUCAGAUGGACUUUGGGACAAACCAGCACCUCGCUGUGAUAUCAUCAGUUGUGAUCCACCUGAAGACAUAAGCCACGGCUUCCUGAAUGGGUCCAGCUUCAACUACGAUGACCUAGUGGAGUACGUCUGCUUCGAGGGUUAUGAGGUAGUCGGGGAUCCCAUCCUGCGAUGCUCAGCUGAGGGAUUCUGGCUGGGCACCGUGCCUCAGUGUCGGCCCUGUGUCUGUGGCCUGCCGGUGAUAAAGUUCGGGAUGGUUCUAGGUCGCGACCGUUCCUGCGGAGACCGACUGCAAUUCCAGUGUGACAACGGUUACAAGCUGCUGGGUCCCUCUCAGGCGGUGUGUGAGAAGGGAGGGGUAUGGAGCCCAGGGAUACCUGUCUGUGGCCGGGGAAGGUGCAGUGUCGCUCCGCCUACAGUUCCUAACGCUGUCCAGCAGGGCGGCAGUGCCACCUUCCCAGACACAGUUAUAUACAGGUGUCGGCCUGGCUACCGGGCUAAGGGGUUCCCUCACCUCUCCUGUGGAAGAGACGGCAGGUGGGGGGAACCCAGGAUCAGUUGUGAGCCUGUGAGUUGUGGGAAGCCUCCAUCUGUAGCCAAUGCUCAGGUGGUGGGAGAGACCUUCACCUUCCCAAACCAGAUCACAUACAGGUGUGAAGACGGGUACAAACUAGCAACACACACAGCGACUCUAUCUUGCCAGAGUGACGCCAAUUGGUCCAAACACAGCAUUCGAUGCCGCCCAAGCCCGUGCCUGCUUCCCACCAAUUUCUCAAUACCCCAUCUGUCAAUCAGUGGGAAGGAGCUCACCCCUAUAGGGAGCACCAUCACCCUCUCCUGCGCUCCUGGCUUCUACCUGCAGGGGUCAGCACUAACUGAAUGUCAGCUGGGUGGAAGCUGGGCUCCAAGCAUCUCUUCAGUUUCAUGUGAGCUGGUGGUAUGUGAGAAACCCCCUCCUCUGCUUAAUGGCCUCACUGAGGGGGACAGCUACAGCUAUGGAGACUUUGUCAUCUACUCCUGUCUGUCUGGCUUUGAUAUGAAGGGAGACUCUGUCCAGACCUGCCAAGGAGACAGAACGUGGAGCGGCACUCAGCCAGUGUGUGUUGCACAGUCCUGUGGGCCUCCUCCCAUAGUAAAACAUGCACAGGUCCAGACAACAGGAGAGACUUACCUGCACAAUGCCAGCUAUGUUUGUAGUGCUGGUCUGCAGCUUUUUGGUUCAAAGACUCUCAUCUGUCUGGCCAAUGGCACGUGGAGCCUGCCAGCACCUUCAUGUGAAGUGCUACAGGGCUGCGAUAGCCCGAAAGAGUUACUGCACGGUAAAGUGCAGGAUCACAACCUCAACACUGGGCGCGCUGUGGAGUUCCUGUGUGAUAAAGGCUACACCUUGAUGGGAGAUCCUCUGGUGGUGUGUUUGGGCAGCAACACCUGGAGCUCCACAUUCCCCACCUGCAAACCUAAGUCUUGCCCGGCUCCUCCGGGCUGGAGGGGGGCCAGGAGCGGGAACAGAACCCACGAGUUUUUUGUCGGUCAGUCAGUCCGUGUCUCCUGCUCCAAAGGUCAGCAGGUCAAAGGCAGCGGCACCAUCACCUGCAGGCCAGACCAGACCUGGAGCCUCAUCAGCACUGCGUGUGAGAGGGUGUCCUGUGGCCCCCCCCUCCAUGUGGCCAAUGGGGUGGUGCGGGGGGCAGUGUUCCAGUUCGGGGACGUUGCAGUGUACUCUUGUUUUGGCGGCUACGCCAUGGAGGGCGUUGGAAGGAGCAGGUGUCUGGAGAACGGCACCUGGACGCCGCCUCCCACAUGCAGAGCCGUGUGUUGGCUCCACUGCCAAAACGGAGGUGUGUGUCAGCGGCCCAACACUUGCUCCUGCCCCGAAGGCUGGAUGGGCCGACUUUGCGAGGAGCCAAUCUGCAUCCUGCCGUGCCUGAAUGGAGGGCGUUGCGUGGCCCCCUACCAGUGUGAGUGUCCCAGCGGGUGGACGGGCACGCGCUGUCACAGUGCUGUGUGUUCAUCACCUUGUCUGAACGGGGGCAGAUGCAUCAGGCCGAACAGGUGUCACUGCAGUCCGGGGUGGAGCGGACACGACUGCUCCAGGAAAAGGAGAUCAGGAUAUUAUCACUUCUAAAAAAACGUUUCCACUCAGCUCCAUGUGAAUCAUCGUAUGAAGGGAAUUCUUGUAUAGUUAACUGACUCAACCUGUAAACCAUUCAUUCAACUCAUCUCUCCGCAAAAAAAGGCAAAGCAAGAACCAUUUUGUAAAAUAAAGCUGUAUUUUUUCAUAUAGAGAAUCAACAGUAUUAAAACAUAUGCUGCUAUAUACUUGUACGAUGUGUAAAAACUAUUGAUGUGAUUGUCCAAUGUAUAUGUGUAAACUAUUCUCACAUUUUUAUUAAAGCAUAAAAUACCAUUAAAUGCUUUUCCACCUCACUCUUUUUCUCAACAGCAAG